AUGGCGCUGCUGCAAGACAAAACCAAGUCAGCAAGGGCGCUUUCUACGGAGACCAAUGCCAAUGACAUGCUCGCUUCGCCGUCCUCCUUGGAGCUAUUGCAGCCACAAACUGUUUCCAUCUUUGAUUAUCCUCUGAUGCCUCCGCUAGCUCCAGAGGAUGAUGACCACUCUGCUGCCAUUCUGGUGGCUCAGUCUGCUGCUAUUCAUCGCUCUGAUCAAAUUGUUGGCCUCAAGGUAACCGUGACGUUCGCCAAUGAACCAGGCGUCGUUGAGGAAUGGGUCAAGAGUGUGUUGAACUCCCUCCAAAUGGUGGAAAUGAAGAUUGUUGGUCUAGACACUGAGUUCACCGACCAAGUCCAUGGGGUGAAGCAGAAGGACCUGCCCCCAGAAAUGGAGCGACGCGCCGCUGUACUUCAACUGUGUUUUGCAGAUGAUUGCUUGGUGUACCACAUCGUGCACUCGCCUCGCAUACCAGAAGAGCUCAACAAAUUUCUUGCUCGUGAGGAUAUCUUCUUUUGUGGAGCAGCAAUUGGCAAUGACGUAAAAGUGCUUGAGCCAUACGGUCUCCAUGUCAAAAAUGCCAUUGACCUACAGACGCGCAUUCACAUACCAAAAACGAUUUGCAGUAAACCUACACCAUCGCUAUUUGACCUAGCAAACUUUGUGUUGGGAACCAAUCUGGAGAAGGGCAACGAGUGCAAGCAACUGAGGAACUCCGGAUGGGAGAUUGCUCCAUUGAACAUUGAAAGAAUCAGAUAUGCUGCGUUCGAUGCCCUUAUAAGUUUUGAGAUAGCAAAAGGGGCUACAAUUCUUGGCUAUAUGUGCCUUGAUGAAUUAGCUUAG